CAUGUGCAGAAAGCAGAACCUGGACCCCUUCCUGACACCUUACACUAAAAUUAACUCCAGAUGGAUUAGUCUUAAACAUUAGACCUAACACCAUAAAAACCCUAGAAGAAGAGUCCAUCAAUGAACCACUGGGGAGUGUCAUGGAAGCCUAUGAGCAGGUCCAAAAGGGACCCCUGAAGCUGAAAGGCAUUGCAGAACUCAGAGUGACUAAGCGGAAGAAGAAAAAUAAGGACAAAGACAAAGUGAAACUCCUGGAAGCAAUGGGAAUGAGCAAAAAGGAGGAGGAGGAGAAGCAACGCAGCCUGGACAAGCAGACCCCGGCCCAGGCAGCCUUCGAGAAAGUGCAGGAGAAGCAGCAAAUGGAAAGGAUCCUGAAGAAAGCAUCCAAAACCCAGAAGCAGAGAGUGGAGGACUUUGACAGACACCUGGACACACUCAUGGAGCAUUACGACAUUCCCAAUGUCAGCUGGACGAAGUCGCUGCCUACCCCCGGGAUGGAGCAGCAUUGAGGGUUCGCCAAAGGCCAUGCUGGGGUUGUAUGUGUUUCCUUUGGUAUAUUCUAGACACACGGGUUUACACACACCCUUACAUCUUCUGCUACAGACUGCUCUUCGAAGCUGUGCACCCUCAUUCUGGAACUUGAUUAAAGUAAAACUGUCCUUGUCCUCAGUUUAGGUUUCUUGGCAACAUAUAGAAGAUAUACCCUUUUCGUUUGGAUGGAAAGUUUCUAAGUUUAUCCGGAGGUAAAUGUUUUUACCCCCAAGUUGCAGCUAACGCUCUGAGGCCAGCCAGCUCUCCUCUCCUGGAUGAGAUGGACUCCAGAGGGUCAGAAGCUGAUAAUGCCAGGUGGCCUGCCAUAUGCAGAACCCCGCAGGACCCAGUGUGGGUGCCCUUGCGAGCUUCCUGUAGCUUGGGGCCUGUGCUAUUUAUUCCCUGCAGUCCCCAGAGAAGCCACUUGCAACUCUGUGGCCUUGGGACUUCCUCCUUAGCCACCUGGCCACUGAGACAGCACAGCCUGGCUGGCAAAACAACCACCUAGGGGAAGAAUGGAAUAGACACGCCUUGUUCCUUUCUGAGCCUGUUCCCAAAACCCUCCUUCCAGGUACUUCUAAUGGGUGUUGCCAUGCAGACAUUGCUAAUGGAUCACAGCAUUCUUUGACAUGGAACCCAGAUACAGCCUGCCUCU